CUGAGCUCUACUAGACCCCCAGACAUCAAUCAGCUCCUCCACUGCUGCUGCACAGACCUGCUGAGCUGGGGAGAUCUUCAUGGAUUAAUCAAAGUGUUAAACAUCUCAGAGAAAAGUAACCCGCCUCCCAGUGUCACUUCCAGCAUUCUCAGUGAGGGAGGCUGGAGGCUGGGGCUGGGGCUCUCCAGGGCUUGGUAGUCACUGUACAGUUGGAGGUGACAUUAAUUCUAUUAGAAGCAAAGAACCAAGCUGAAGCCUCCUACCGCCUGGAGACAACAAGAUGUUCCUCACCACAGACCUCAAUUACAUGUCCUUCCUGGAGGCAGCAGCUACAUCAGUCCUGUCCCUGGUCUUAUUCCUGGCUGUAUCCCACCAGCUAUGGUCCCUGAGAUGGCACAGCACUAGAGACCGGAAUAGCAGUUUACCACUACCCAAGGGGUCUAUGGGAUGGCCAUUUUUUGGAGAAACUCUUCACUGGCUUGUACAGGGUUCAAACUUCCACAGUUCCAGAAGGGAGAAGUAUGGGAACAUUUUUAAGACUCAUCUGCUGGGGAAACCAUUGAUCCGUGUGACCGGAGCAGAAAACGUCCGCAAGAUUUUGUUAGGAGAACACCACCUGGUUAGUACGCAGUGGCCGCAGAGCACCCAGAUCAUCCUGGGCUCCAAUACUCUGGUCAACACCAUUGGAGAACUCCAUAGACACAAGAGAAAAAUUAUGGCCAAGGUGUUCAGCCAUCCGGCGCUGGAGAGUUACAUCCCUCGUAUCCAGGAGGCUGUGAGCUGGGAGUUGCACGGCUGGUGCAGGGAACCUGGUUCCAUCUCUAUGUUCCCUUCUGCCAAGGCUCUUACUUUCCGGAUUGCUGCUCGCAUCCUGCUGGGACUCAGCGUGGGGGAGAAGCAGUUUAAGGAGCUGGCCCGAGUCUUUGAGCAACUAGUGGAGAAUCUCUUCUCUCUUCCACUAGAUAUCCCAUUCAGUGGUCUCCGCAAGGGCAUCAAGGCAAGAGAUACUCUGCACCAGUACAUGGAAGACGCUAUUCGAGACAAGAUCUCAAGGAGAGAUCCCGAGGUGUGCGAAGAUGCUCUGGACUAUCUGAUAGACAGCGCAAAGGAGAACGGCAAAGAGUUGAACAUGCAGGAGUUAAAGGAAUCAGCCAUAGAGCUUAUGUUUGCUGCCUUCUUCACCACGGCUAGUGCCAGCACCUCACUCAUACUUCUCCUACUUAAACACCCAUCUACCAUAAACAAACUCAGACAGGAACUGGCAUCACACGGGUUAAUAAAGCAAUGCCAAUGUCUCCAUUCUUCAGACAACCCCAACAACAAUGGCGCUGAAGAGCAAUGUGUGAUCGCAGGCUGCCAUUCGUCUGCCCUCCUGGGCUCAGAAGGACACGUGAAACAGAUAUGGGAGCAGACAAAACUCAUCUUAGCAGACAGGAACGAGAGAGAACACAUUCUAAGAAGAAGGUCCCAAAAUGGCUUGCGAUGGGAUCAUCACUGCAACAAUGAACUAUACAAGCCGGACUGUAACCAGUUGGGUUCUACCGAGUGUCCAGAAGGAGAAGAUGAGGGCUGGGCCUGUGAAUGUAGAUGUCAGCUGAACCUGAACUUGGAGAAGUUGAAGGGGCUUCACUAUCUGGACUGUGUAGUGAAGGAAGUUCUGAGGCUGCUCCCACCGGUCUCUGGAGGCUACAGGACGGCUCUGCAGACCUUCGAGCUGGAUGGUUACCAAAUCCCGAAAGGUUGGAGUGUCAUGUACAGUAUAAGAGAUACCCAUGAAACUGCAGCCAUUUAUCAGAAUGCUGACUCUUUCGACCCUGAUCGGUUCCUUACAGAAAGAGAUGAAGGAAAAGCCAGCAGGUUCAAUUACAUCCCCUUCGGAGGCGGCGUUCGUAGCUGUAUUGGCAAAGAACUCGCACAAAUCAUAAUGAAGAUUCUCGCCAUAGAGCUUGUGGGCACUGCCAAAUGGGAAUUAGCUACACCAAGUUUUCCCAAAAUGCAGACUGUCCCUAUAGUGCACCCUGUAGACGGACUGCAGCUCUUCUUUCAGUUUUUAAGUUCCAGUGACAAUGACACAGCGUCCGAGAAAGUAUGAUCUCUCCCCGAUCCCCAACAACCAUCAAUGCUCCUAACACAUACUAAAUUAUUUUGUUCUAGAUUCCUGGCAGGGGGUCUGUACUAUCUGUAAUGUAGGUUAAAGAGAUUUUAUUAUUUAUAAUGUAAUAUUUAUAUGUAAUUAGCUAUUAAAAGAGAUGUGGGUGAUGUUGAGCUGUACAGAGAAGAAACACAUUACGGACAUCUGAGUUCCGUGUAUUUUGGCUUGAAAGAUAAAUAGGUAGCUUCAUGCAGCACAUCUAAUAUUAGUAUUUUACAAUUUGUAUUGAUCUUAUAGAAGACCUCUCUGAACCCUACAGUUCCUCCAUACGGGUCUAUUCACAUGGCAGAAUUUCCACUAGCGGAAUUACGCCUCAAAUUUAAGCCCAUAGACUUCUAUGGGAUUCUGCACUCCCAUUCACACUUCUGAAU